UUUGUUCGGUAGAGGUUAAACGAAGCAAAUUUUGCAGACAUAUUUCUCUCGCAAAUUCCGCACUUUACAUAUACUAUUUACCACGUAGCACUAAUAUCCAGUGCUUGUAUGAUGUCCGAUCGUUUUUACAUCACUUUCAAAGCAUCGUGAAGCGCUAGGUCCACACGAGGUCCAAGGCCAUCAUGGAGAAGAUGGACCUUUAUGAGGUUGCAAAGCUAAAAGAGGAGGUGAAGCUGAAAGAGGAGAUUGAGAGCGGUGGCAACCAUCUUGGUGUAAUUUCCCCCAAGAAGCGUAAGCGCAAAAGUCAAGAAGAUGGCGAUGUGAAACAAAAAAAGCCCAGAUCUGCCUACCUGCUCUACUACUUCGAUGUUCAUCAGAUUAUGCAACAGGAGAGGCCCAAUCAGCCACAAUCAGAAAUCAACAAGCGAAUCAGCGAAAGCUGGAAAAGGCUAAGCGUGGCAGAGAAACGCUACUAUCUGGAGAAGGCCAACUCGGAGAAGGAUGGCACAGAUACAUUGUCUUCCAGUCCAUCCAAUGACUUUCCAGGCUUCCGUAAGAUCCUACCGAGAGCUAGUUACCUUGUCCUGACCGAUGAUCCCCAGCCAGGAGCUUCCCCGGCAGAGUGUCCCAAUCCAGUUGAUGGAACCCUGUCCUUCCCCACUUUGUCUCAAGAGUCGAAAGAGGCCCAAACGUUUGUCUUGACCUCCGAGAUGGAUGUUUCUUCAAGCUCUCUGGUCAACUUUGGAAAAGACAUUGGCGAGGCGGCAUCUUCAACUGCCGUCCAAGGAAGCACAUCGUCCUCUUCUUCAUCAAUCACUACUGUGUCUCCAGCUUGCAAAGAUGUUUCUUACCCGCACAGCCCUGUGGAUGCGCUAGCAAACUGUGUUGGAAUGAACAGAUGUGAGAUAAGAGAUGCUGCUGGUGUAAACAGCGGGGUGACAAUGCAUCAAACCCAUGGGGAAACGACACAGAUGGUUGCCAUCAUACCCAACCAGAACUUGCUCGAGACCAAGUCCUUGGCGGGGGUCAGCUCUUUGGCCACCGUCAUGAUGGUCCCUGUGGCAGCCAGAGAAGAGCAAAAUCCCGUAGCGGUGCCACCAUACAAGAUGGCUGUGAAGACAUACACCAGAAGAGGUCGUGGGAGGUGUCCCAAUCCUCAGUGUUCAUUCGUGUAUGUCACCCGCCACAAGCCAGCAAAAUGCCCCGACUGUGGAAUCCACCUUGGCGGCAAAUGGAUACCUGCUGCAAAGAAAAUCCAGCAAAAAAACAUACCCGUUGCCACGGUGGUGUCCGAAGCCACGUCUGCUCCAAGCUGUCCAGACACGACGAAGGAGGGGAAUACUGAUGCUGGUAAAACCAAACCCACUCAGAGCAAAAAAGAAGGGCAAAACUGCUUAAGGAAGAUCAACUCAGCUCUAAGUGUUGAGUCAGCAGAGGGCAGCAGCACAUCACCGGAAAAAACAGGCUGCGCAUCCAUGCAGCCGCUAAUAAAGCACAUGAAAAAAAAAGCACUCGGAAGUCAAAGCACGUGUGAAGUUCAGGGGAGGCCUAAAAGACCCAUCUUACCUUCCUGUUAUAAAACCGCGCCUGCUUUGUUCCAAGUCAUCGCAGUCCCAGCUGUGAACAGAAAAAUUCCGGCACAAAACAACAGACCACCAACUGAACCCAGAGAGAGAUUCUCAGGUCUCAAAGCUGGUACUUUAAAACAACUCGGCCAGCAAGUCCAAUCCGUGCAGACUUCUCCUGUCGCCACCCACCAGCCUGUUUCUUCCUCAUCUGAUAAGAGCAUGACCAUUGUGUCAAUUGUUCCCUUCAAUCACGUGUCAGUCAACAGCUUUGACCUAGGACUGUCAACAUUGAGAGGCAGAGGUCGCUGUAAGAACACGUUGUGUGACUACAUGUAUAAGAACAGACAUAAACCCUUAGUGUGCCCUAAAUGUGGCUGUGAGCUGCCCAAGGGGAAGCCCAAGGCAACCGAGCGGUUAAAUCGAUUGAUCGAUCCAUGCCAGCCCUUGAGUCCUGUUCAGAAAGACAUCCAACGGCAAUCCACCCUGCAGCUGAUUCGCCAUUCCCUGCAGAUUCCAGAAAGCGAGGCUGAGCUCCAAGAAACACUUUCCCUUAUCCAGGAUCUUAACAGUCUUCAAAUUGUCUUAGUCCAAGCGGGCGAGCAAAACAAGGAAGGGACUUUUGAGACCGAGACCCUGGUGGAGACCGGGUGGCCUCAGUUCUAUGAAUCAUCAGCCACCCAAUGUGGGCUCUGUAAAAAGCCCCUUUACAAAGGAGAUCAGAGCACAAUAGCAGGGCAGGAGGACUGCUGGCUGAUUACUGAGAUGCUGAUCCAGACGGCAUCUCUGCAGCUCAAAGUCUGUCUCAAUGCCAAGUGUCUGGCUCUGCACAGCUUCACUGACCUGCAUCCAGGUUUGUUCAACAUUGGAAACAGACUAUUGGUUAGCAUUGAUCUCUUAUUAAAGAUCAGAGGCAAAAUCAGAUCAGGCCAGCCUCCUGCUCAGGCUGUCGGGACCUUAUUUGACCAUGUCUCCAACCACCCCGUCCAUUCGCUGAGUCCAGAGGAGACGUCCCAAAUUCAAGAAUUUCUCCUGAUAGGCUACUGGGCCUUCGAGAGUCUUACAGUGCGAGACUAUAACGAUAUGAUCUGUGGUGUUUGUGGUGUCGCUCCCAUGGUAGAGAUUGCCAGGCGACACACAAACAAUGUGCUGGAGCUCACGAAUGUGGAGUUCACCUGGCCGGACCCUCCGGUGUCAGACGAAGUGCGCAUGGAUGACUUUUGGCUGACCAUGGAGACCGAGGCAAUUGAGCAGGCCGCUUUCCCUGCGGACAUCCCCAUCACACGGAUGGACGCUUCAAUUAUCGCACCCUUCAUCCCCCCGCUGAUGAGGAGCCGCACUGUUAUCAACACAGAAAAGGACAAGGUCACGUCACAAACACAGCAGCCCCCAGGAGGUGCGCCAUCAGUUUUGGUCCGCCUCAUUCACGAUGGCGAGUUGAGCCUCGACAAGGUCAAAGACUACAGUGAGGACAAACUGAGAAGUAUUUUGGAGAGCUGUGGGUUGAGCAUCACUCCAGGCUCAAGUAAGAAAGACCUGCUGACUUCUCUGACCUCCAUGUGCACGCUUGUUCAUAGCGGCCUCCCCACAGGCCCCCAGCCCCCUCAACACCUCACUGCUGGCAAGUUGUCCAAGGUCUGCCCCCACAAGGUCGUGUGCGGUUCCAAGUACUUGGUGAGAGGAGAGACGGCCCGGGAUCACGUAGAUCUGCUGGUGUCCUCCCGUUACUGGCCCCCGGUCUAUGUUGGAGACUGCGCUCGACAAGUCGCUCUUUGUACGGACAUGCAGUACCCAGAAAUGGCCGCCCGGAUGUGGGGCAGAAAUCAAGGUUGCUUUUCUGAGCCUUUCGAUGAGUCAGAGCUCGUGUCAUGCGCUGAGUUGCAGGAGAAGCCGUACAAUGCCGAUCUUUCUAUGUUCGGGGACAACCAGCACAUUCACCCCCACACUAAAUCUUCGUCUUGUUGGCUGGUGCAUCCUCCUGCCUUGACUCUGGGCCACAAGGCUGCUGUUCCAGAACACCAUUCAAUGGCCUUGUGCAAAGACCUAGAGCACCUCAUUUGCACUGUGACUCAAAUUGUGAAGGAGGAAGGUGAAAAACAAGGUAACCAAAGUUCAGUGAACUCUUUGAGGACACAACAUGUGCUUUUCAACAACCCGGCGCAUUACUACCUCUACAAUCGCCUACUGGAUUUUCUCUCAAGUAGAGACAUUGUGAACGAGCAGAUUAGCCAAGUAGUGAAUUCGUGCCAGCCCGGAGAGGUUGUCAUCCGGGAUGCAUUGUAUAGGCUCGGAGUGGCAAAUGUCAACCUGGAAAGGACACUACUCGGAGAAGAUCAAACAGUGGUGGCGGAGGAACUCGAACAAAGCCCUAAAGAGACAGCCUAUGACCUUGUUGUGCUUCAGUGAAUGCUCUCAGAAUGCAACGUUGAUCCGUAAACAUAAGACAGUACGUCAUAAGUAAGAUUACAAGAAGAAUGAAAAUAUCACUUCAACGUCUUGUUUCAUUAAACAAAGAUAUGUAAACAUGUGAACUGCACUGAACUAAUCUCCCCCAUUAUAUUAAUAAAUAUCUCUAAUAUACCUA